GGUGCAGACGCUGCCUCAGUGCCUGCCAAGUGCCCUCUCGGCAGGAUCUGACGCUGAGGUGCGCGCACUGCAGAUUCCCCGUGGCCCGGGCAGGCAAGAAGUCUUGGUCUGUUGGUCAUCACCGCCAAACGUCACUCAUGUAAGCAUGCGCCGGUGCACAUCGCCAACUAGAUUGCGAAUCGCCGCCUCAUGUGCCCCGUUUUGGGCACUAGAACCCCGGCAGGCGGAGACGAGAUGCCCCAAUGUUGCAGACUCAACGUUGCAGGCUCAAUGUCGCGAUCCGAGGCGUCCGGCCGAGUCUCUCGAACCGUGUUGGCAGAUGUCGGUUUAGUAGAGAUUGAAACAAGUACAUAAAGUCAAUCAACCGCCGGAAAGAUGAGUCCAAGUCGCAGAGCAGAGCAGAAGCAUCAACUCCAGUUUUGAGGA